UGAAGAAUUACAUAUCAAGAACUUUUGCGUGUUACAGAUGGUUUCAGUGAUAGCAACUUGCUUGGAACGGGAAGUUUUGGUUCUGUUUACAUAGCAACAUUUGCGGAUGGGGCUAUAUUGGUGAUCAAGGUGUUCAAUUUGCAACUAGAAGGUGCACCCAGGAGUUUUGAUACGGAAUGUGAAAUGUUGCGCAAUAUUCGUCAUAGAAAUCUCACUAAAGUUAUUAGCAGUUGCUCUAACUUAGAUUUCAAAGCCUUGGUACUCCAAUACAUGCCUAACGGGAGUCUCGAAAAGUGGUUGUAUUCUCAAAGGUACUUUUUAGAUAUCUUGCAGAGAUUAAACAUAAUGAUAGAUGUGGUAUGUGCAUUGGAAUAUCUCCACUACGGUUAUUCAAUACCAUUAGUUCAUUGUGAUUUGAAGCCCAACAAUGUCCUGCUUGAUGAAGAUAUGGUUGCACAUGUAUGUGAUUUUGGCAUUUUAAAGUUCUUGGGUGAGGGGGAUAGUAUUGUGCACACAAAGACUCUAGCUACAUUGGGAUAUAUUGCAUCAGAGUACGGAUUGGAAGGAUUAAUAUCCACAAAAUGCGAUGUUUACAGUUAUGGAAUUAUGUUAAUGGAAACAUUCACAAGAACUAAGCCCACUGAUGAUAUGUUUGCCGGAUAUUUGAACUUGAAGCUAUGGGUGAGCAAGUCACUACCUAAUGUGAUAACUCAGGUUAUAGAUGCCAACUUGAUCACACCAGAGGAAGGACAAGCCAGUGCAAAGGUGCGGUGUGUAUCACCCAUCAUGCAAUUGGCUCUGAAUUGCCGUGCAGAAUCACCACAAGAGAGGAUGAACAUGCAAGAAGCUCUGGCUACACUAAAGAAGAUCAAACAUAAGUUUCUUGCAAGUUGAGAAAGGCAAGAAAUAUGAAGAUUGCAUUGAUUUGAGAGAUGGAACUAUUCGUAGCUUCAUGAUAUCGGAACUAUUGG